CUGCUGCUGUUUGGAGUGAGCGAAGCAGAGAGCUGCUGGGGAGCUGGAGAAGUUGGAUAGUGAGUUAGUUAGCAGGCUGGUUAUUUAGCCUGUUCCUGCAGAAAACAGCAGAUUUUCAUACCCUCAGACUGUGGAGGAAGAUGAAGGUUCUGUUAGUCGACUUUUUAUAAGCGUAUAAUUUGAAUUAGAGCGGUUAUUUGCUGUAGUUUAGUAUAUUUAGUUAGCUAACAGUAAGCGUUACUGAGUGAACUGUGGGCUGCAGUCAGUAAGUGAGUGAGUGAGUGAGUGAGUGAGUGAGUGAGUGCGAGUUUCGCUGUAACGUUAAUUUACCGAUAAAAAUAAGCGUUUCUCCAGCGUGUAUCGCUCACCCAGUCCGCCGGUAUGAUCCCCGAGUGUCCGGUGAGGAGCCGGGCUCAGUCCAGCAGCCUCAGCCGCUCUGGUUUACUCAGCGAGGUCAAGACCAACAUCAGGACAGGGCCCUUCUCCGACCACUACAGCCUCAUACCUGGGAAAGAGCUGGGCAGGGGGAAGUUUGCAGUGGUGAGGAAGUGUGUGGAGAAAAGCACCGGUCGAGAGUAUGCUGCAAAGUUUAUGAGGAAGAGGAGAAAGGGCCAGGACUGCCGAACAGAAAUCAUUCAUGAGAUUGCUGUUCUGGAGCUGGCAGCUUCCUGCCAACGAGUGGUCAACCUGCAUGAAGUUUACGAGCUUCCCAGCGAGAUGGUGCUCGUUUUGGAGUUUGCUGCCGGUGGUGAGAUCUUUAACCAGUGUGUGGCAGAAAGAGACGAGGCCUUUAAGGAGGAGGAUGUGAAGCGAUUAUUGAGACAGAUCCUUGAGGGCGUCUCCUUCCUUCACAAGCGUGAUGUUGUUCAUCUGGACCUAAAGCCACAAAAUAUUCUUCUGACCAGUAACAACCCUCUUGGGGACAUAAAGAUAGUGGACUUUGGUCUGUCACGGAUGGUGAGCAAUAACCAGGAAAUCAGGGAGAUCAUGGGCACACCAGAAUAUGUCGCCCCUGAAGUUCUGAAUUAUGAGCCCAUAAGCACAGCCACCGAUAUGUGGAGUAUUGGUGUCCUUGCCUAUGUGAUGCUGACUGGUAUCUCUCCAUUCUUGGGAGAUGAUAAGCAGGAGACCUUCCUGAACAUCUCCCAGAUUAACAUCAGCUACACAGAAGAAGAGUUGGAACAGUUGGAUAAGGCUGCCAUCCAGUUCAUCAAGUCCCUGCUCAUCAAAGAGCCUGAGGGCCGUGCCACUGCUGAGGAGUGCCUGAAACACCAGUGGCUUCAGACACAGGAGAAAAAUUCUGUGGAGGAGCCAGCGAUGCAGAAAAGUGCCUCCACCUCAGUCUCAGAGCCAGCCAGCCCAGAGAUCUCCUCCCAGCAGAGAACAGAAGAGGAGGAGGAGGAUGGAAGAGUGACGGAGGAGCUCAUUGUGAUGGCCGCUUAUACUCUGGGUCAGUGUCGGCAGUCCUCAGACAAGGAGAGUCUGACCCCGGACCAGAAGGCCAUCUCCAAGCGAUUCAAAUUCGAAGAGCCCUUCCCUGCCCUCCAGGAAGUGCCCGGAGAAUUCAUCUACUGAACCACGUGUUGGCCAUCCAGCCGCUAAGCUCCAACUAACGCCCGCACUUCAGACGAGAACGUCUUUUCCUUUCUACUUUAACCCACCUCAUUGUUUGACCCUGUAAGCCAAAAUGUGUAUUCUUUGUUUGUUUAUUUUAUUAUUAUUUUAUAUCUAAUGUUUGUGCUGCUUCACUCAUACACAGUUCUGUAACUGAAGACUAAGCCUUGCUGUGGUACUCUGGUUCUUCUCCCCAUUUUCCCUUUUGCUUUUUUCCUUUUGGUGCCAUGCUUGCAAUUGUAUGAAAAUGUGGGCCAUGAACUGAAUCUCAUCUCAUUUAUCUUUCCCUCUGUUUUUUUUGUUGCAUUUCCUAUAUUUUCAUCUUUGGUUACAACUUUUGUAAACAUAAAUAUUGUUGUUUGUGCAGGGGGAGGGUGGGGCUAAAGAAAUUAUAUGUAAAUGGAAUAAAUUUUAAGAGUUGUGUCUAUACUUUUUAAAAGCCAUUUAUGUGUUUGCAGCUCGUCCAGUGUGAUUGUGAUUGUCAGGCCAACCCUUUUUAUAAAAAGCCCUUUAGUUAUGAUUGUAAAUUGAUGAUAGGUCAGAGUAUAUCUUUUAAAUGAUGACACAUUUGAAAGUUAACUGUCCUGAUAUUGUAAAUAAAGUUCCUCUCCAAGCUG